UACGUGAAUUAUUAAAAUUAUUGUCAUAUCGGUGAAUACUUACAACUAUUUCGAAACACCGUGUCACACUACGAAGAAAUCCUCCCAAGAAGCAUCUACAGUGUAAUAUAAACCACUGCGGCACAGUUGCAAAUCAUUGUACAUUCAGUAUAUCUAACCAUAACAUGUCUGCCUUCGCUUUCAUUCUACUUUGCGUGCAGGCUUGCCUCAUCCACAAUGCCUACAGCGCGUGUCUUGGCACUGGUUACUACGGCGCCGGUCUCGGCUACGGCUACGGUGGCCUCGGCUAUGGCGGAUGUGGUCUAGGCGGCAUCGGCUAUGCCGGUCUUGGUUACGAUGGAUUUGGUUAUGGCGGUUUGGGUUAUGACGGUUUUGGUUACGGCGGUCUCGGCUAUGACGGUUACGGUAUUGGUGCUGGUUACGGUGGUGCCGGUAUUGGAAACGUUGCUGUCGCCGGUGAGCUGCCCGUGGCUGGUACCACCGCUGUCGCCGGUCAGGUGCCCAUCAUCGGCGCCGUGGAGUUCGGCGGUACCGCGGCUGCUGCUGGUGCUGUCUCCAUCGCCGGACGUUGCGGUUGCGGCUGCGGCGGACCCUAUGUCUACUGAGCAACGAUAUAUACGUGCGCGGGAGCCAUUCUCCAACAAAUCUGAAAAUUACAAUGCAAUAAAAAAUGCAACAUGAAA